UAUCUUUAAUCCUAUUAGGUAAUUCCGUCACAAUUUCCUCAUGUGAUCUGCACCGUUCAUUCUGCCACUUUACAGCUUUAUUACGCCCACACCAACAAGACUUAACGUCCUUUCUCCCCUUUUUCUUUUUAUAAAAGGAGUAGCCAAGAGGAAUUUGCUCACUGCUCAUUUAGUGUUUAAUAAUCUUAGCAACAAAGACAACAAUGUCGGGAGGUAUUGCUCGUGGUCGUCUUGCAGAGGAACGCAAAGCUUGGAGAAAGAAUCAUCCCCAUGGUUUUGUUGCUAAGCCGGAGACACUUCCAGAUGGGUCAGUUAACCUGAUGAUUUGGCACUGUACCAUCCCUGGUAAAACUGGGACUGAUUGGGACGGUGGUUUUUAUCCACUUACAAUUCACUUCAGUGAAGAUUAUCCGAGUAAACCGCCAAAGUGUAAAUUCCCACCUGGCUUUUUCCAUCCAAAUGUCUAUCCGUCUGGAACAGUCUGCUUGUCGAUCCUCAAUGAAGAUAGUGGAUGGAGACCAGCCAUCACUGUGAAACAGAUACUGGUUGGUAUCCAGGACUUGUUAGAUCAGCCAAAUCCAGCUGAUCCUGCCCAAACUGAAGGGUAUCAUAUGUUUAUUCAGGAUGCUCUGGAGUACCGAAAGAGGGUGCGACUGCAGUCUAAGCAGUAUCCACCUCUUGUUUGAGGAAUGUUUGUCUAAUAUUGUGGUUGCUGGAUUGUACGUCGAAGUUUGCUGUCAAGGAAUCUGCCAGCUAGUGAUGCUGAUUGGUAUUUGUUUAAGUGGAGAAGUAAAUAUUUAUAACUACAGGAUUUUAUAUCUGAUAUUGCCUUUCAUUGUUUUCAGAGUAUAUGUGUAGAACAAGCACAACUGCAAAUUGUUAUCUAUAUGGUGGAAAUGUCUUGAAAGUUAUUUUCUUUUGCAAAAGCAGAA